UUUCACCACUCCUGCUGUCCCAGGGCUAUUACUAUUGAGUCCUCUCUAACAUGCAUAUCACAAGUGUUGGAUCAUAGUGUGCAGACGCGCGUCGCCAUUGCGUUGCCUUGUGUUUGGAUUCAUUCUUGCGCUUCGAAGUACUUGGAGAACAUGAGCGGAUACACGGCAAGCACUAUUCGGUUUUGUUCGUGAGGGCAUUGUAGAUUGGGGGUAGGGAUACACAGCCCCGUCUUUUGACCCUUACCAUCACCAAGGCUACAGAGGGACGAGGGAGCCGGAGUGCUGGGUUAUUGUUUUGUUUUUGUUACUGUGGCUUUUGACGUUCUCUUCAGCACAUUUAGGUUAACUCUGUUCUGUCGCGCACGUAUGGACAAAAGUCUCCAGAAAUCUUUGUUUUGAAAUGACUGUUGUCGGAGAGCGUUUUUCGCCGUUCCAUUCAUCAAGCGCUUAGUCCUCCAAGGAUUUUUGAUAGAAGAUGGAGAGUGUGGAGAGGGAAUGCGGGGCGCUUGGUGGAUUAUUCCAGGCUGUUGUGAACGAUAUGAAGAAUUCGUACCCAGUGUGGGAGGAUUUCACUGCCAAAGCCACCAAGCUCCACUCCCAGCUUAGAACCACUGUGCUCGCGGCUGCUGCCUUCCUCGAUGCCUUCCAGAAAGUGGCAGACAUGGCCACAAACACAAGAGGUGCCACCAGGGACAUUGGCUCUGCCCUGACGCGCAUGUGUAUGCGCCACCGCAGCAUCGAGGCCAAGCUACGCCACUUCACCAAUGCCCUUAUGGAGAAGCUAGUUGGUCCUCUGCAGGACAGGAUAGAGGACUGGAAGAAGACCGCUGCCCUAUUGGACAAGGACCAUGCCAAAGAGUACAAGCGAUCCAGGCAGGAAAUAAAGAAGAAAUCCUCUGACACCUUAAAGCUUCAGAAGAAGGCCAGAAAAGGCCGGGGCGGUCUGCAGCCUCAGCUGAACAAUGCUAUGCAGGACGUGAGUGACAUGUAUCUGUUGAUGGAGGAGACCGAGAAGCAGGCGGUGCGCAGAGCCCUCCUGGAGGAGAGGGGGCGCUACUGCAACUUCAUCAGCAUGAUGCUGCCAGUGGUGAAUGGGGAGAUUGCCAUGCUGGGAGAGGUCACCCACCUUCAGGCCAUUAUUGAUGACCUCACCGUGCUUACCACUGAUCCACACAAACUGCCUGCUGCCAGCGAACAGGUGAUAGUGGACCUGAAGGGCUCAGAUUACAGCUGGUCCUACCAGACGCCCCCAUCCUCCCCCAGCAGCGUUGGCUCCAGGAAGAGCAGCCUGUGCAGUUUGGUCCACCUGCCACCAGGGGCCACUCAUCGCCUGAGCAGUGUGUCGUCCCAUGACUCUGGCUUUGUCUCCCAGGACGCCAACACCCACUCCAAGCCCCCCUCCCCCAUGCCCUCGGACAUCACCAGCCAGAAAUCCUCUAGCUCAGCUUCGUCUGAAGCCAGUGAGGUGUGUCAGUCUGUAAGCGAGUGCAACUCCCCCACUGCGUUUGGCUCAUUUGCUACCUUCCGCCCUGCUCACUCACUCACUGGCUCCAUCAGGCCUCUCUCUUUCAUAAUCCCUGUGUCCCCCCAUAACUAUUCCCCCGGAUCAAACACCCCCUCACCCACAUCAAAGGUUCCUUGCUGGAAGGAUUGGGCAAAGUCAAAUGCUUAUGAGCUGUCCAAUGCCUAUGAGAGCCGGGCGGCCUCUCAGCCCCGCAGGAACGACCCCAUCGAGAGGCUGAGGGAGUCCGAGAGCCCUUACAUGGGCAGAGGGAACUCUGGGAUACACUUGGAGGAGCAGCAGAGGGCUAGGAUGAGCCCUGUUACAGUGGCACAGGCAAAGCAUAUGAAGCCCAUGUCCUCGGCGGCUAGUGAGCUGGCCAUGGUGUUGACGCGUGGGCUGAGUGUGGAGCAGCAGAAGAACAGCAGAGAGUCUCUCCAGUACUCCAGUGGCUACAGCACACAGAACACCACACCCUCUUGCUCUGAAGACACCAUACCUUCUCACGGUUCAGACUUCGACAGCUACUCCAUGAACGGCGACGCCGACAUCGACCCGCAGACGGACUUCGACCGCUCCUGUACCGUGCCCCGCCACAGCAACCUGGCGCAGAACUACCGCCGCAUGAUCCAGACCAAGAGGCCGGCCAGCACGGCGGGCAUCAUCCCUGCCGCGGGCACCAAAGUGGGCACGCCGCCGCACGGCACGUCCUCCCCACUGGGCACCUCUCCUCUGGGCACCUACUCCCAGCCGCACAGCCCCUCUGCCGAGACCAACGGCUCGCCUGGAGGGGGCGUGAUAAACCUCGGCGGGAUGGUCAUCUCCUCCGGGACGGCCACCAUCCGCCGAACCCCGUCGUCCAAGGCCGGGGUGAGGCGCACCCCGUCGAACGUGGGGCCGAUACCCAUCCGGCCCCCCAUCGUCCCGGUCAAGACCCCCACCGUGCCCGACUCUCCGGGAUUCCCCCCGCCACCCCCUGAGACCAACGGCAGCCAGGAUCUGUAUCUGUACCCGGACGACCUCUCACCGGCCGCCGUGGAGUACAUGAUGAAGGGCUCACCCAAGCGGCCCAGCCUGCCGACCCAGACGUGGGGCCCCUCCGGCGGGUUCGAUCCCAGCCUUUACCCCCCGCAUCAGCAGCCCUCCGCUCUGGAGCUCCACUUCCAGCAGCAGCAGCAGCAGCAGCAGCAGCAGCAGCAGCAGCAGCAUGAGGACCUGGUGCUGGCUGCCAACCGCCACACCCUGGUGGAGCAGAUCGGGGAGCUGGUGGCCAGCGCUCACGCCCUGGGAGAGGGCCAGUUCCCAUUCCCCUCCCCGACAGAGGUGGCAGCGGCGAGCCAAAGCCAGAUGGGGAUGGGGAUGGGGAUGGGGAUGGAGAUGCAGGGCGCGAGGGCAGAGAAGACGGCAGUGCCCGAUGGGGAGGAUAUGCUGAAGACUAUCCGCAGGGGCGUUCGUCUGAGGAAGUCGGUCUGCAACGACCGCUCUGCCCCACGCUAUAUGCCAUAGAGGCAUCACAACAGACGAGCAUGGGCGUAUCCCAAGAACACGGUUGAGUGAUUAACCUGGCUAAGUUAACCUACAGAAAGUGGUGAAAGUAAUUAUAGAUAACCUGCAUGUGUCAGUUAAGAAAAUGAGGACUACACAGGCUCUUCUAUUAGAUUAUUUACCACUAGGUUAAUUUCACCUGGGUUCUUGGAAUAUCCCCCCAUGCCACAUGUGUAUGCUCCGGAGAUAACGCAACAGUAUAUGAACCACGCCUUCAGCUCUUUAUCACCAACAAGUCAGGAGACAGAUUGCAAAUACAUUAUACUAUAGCAACUAUAGUAAUAUGGUUUUGAUGGGUUAUGUAGAUUUUUUUCGAGUACCUCCGCACUUACUGGACUGAUAUGGACAACAAUGAGUGAUCUGAGAGUAUUUGCGCCUGAAUUAUUUUGUCGCCCGUAAAACAGGAGCUGUCUGGAAAGCGAUAGCCAAAACUUGCAUACCCACCCCACAAUGCAAUGUGUAUGCAACAGGGAUGCCAUGCUGUCCUUAUUGUAAAAAAAAUAAAAACUUCAGUGAAAUGCUUUUUUUUAGACAUAUAUAUGUUAUAUGAGAGUUAGCUAUGAUUAACAAGAGUAACUGCAAACAGCUUAAUUAAUACAAAUUUUAAAAAAACUGACUAAUAACCACUGAAUGACCGCGGCCACUGUAAUAUUAUCACAUAUAUGCUGUGUACAUAACGGAUCAGGAAAUGGGAAGAGACUUUACAAGUGGAAUGUUCUCGCUCAGGUUGCCAUGGACUUUUAUUUUGGCGUAUUUGUGAGAGCUGAUCGCUGGAGGGUAAAGCACUGCCACUCAUCUCCAGGCUGUUAAACGUUGCUGCUUGACAGUAGCGUAUGAUGUCAGAGACUAUGAGGAUGUUAUGGUAUGUACGUAUGUACCUUUAGCCUGUGAAACUGUGUCUGCGUGUGGCGUGUUUGGAAUUCACAGGCGCGUGUCCUACAUCUGCUGACAACCGCAUCACACUUAUAACUCAAACACACGCACAAAACACACAAUAACAAAAUAAACGCCAAAGCAUUUUGUUGUAUAACCUUUAACUACGUAGACUAAGCACAACAUGGCUGCCACCACAGCACUCAAAUUAAGUUUCCCUCAGCGAAAUGGACCCCAGAGCCCAGCCUCAUAACUUAAUAUUAACACUGCCAAAUGAUCGGCUGGCUCCUCUGUCUGUCUUAUCCCCUUUUACAGUACUGUACUGUCUUAUAUGUAGUCCUCUUGAGGGAAGUAUAAAUGUCUUUCUUUUCUUUCGUUUCUUUCUCUCUUUUUUUCUACUAUGUAGUGUAUGUCCCCUAUUUUUCGUCUCCUUAUUGGUUGUAGUAUAUAGCAGUGGCGUGGGCUUCAGGAGUGAAUUUAGAUGGGACGGGUUUCCCAUUUGUCUGAAAUGCUCCAAGUGACCUAACCACUUAUUAUGAUGUGCUCUUGGUGAGAGCACCAGAACCCCAUGGUAAACCACUAGCUGUUGAGAGAUGGAAAUGCAUGUCAAAUAAAAUAAUAAGCCAUACUGUUA